GAAGUAUAUCAUUGGAGGAGUUCUGACGAGAUUUGUUGUCGUCAGUCUCUCUCGCUGUCAUUUAGUAAACAUUUCACAGGACGCAGGGUGAAGCUGUUUAUCCGGCGGAUGAAUGGCAAUGACGGCAAUGAGAGCGGCGGCCUCGGCAGCGGGAGGCCCGGCGUCUUUGUCCCGCUUCAGGGGAGCGCUGGUGGCGGCUGUGCUGGGAGACUGCGUCGGUGGAGAGUUUGAAGGAGCGGAGGAGGUUCCGAUGGAGAGCGUACUGCAGCAUCUGAGCGGCCUGGAAGACGAAACUAAAGGAAACUGCAUCCUUGAAUACAGUGACGACACAGCAAUGACGCGAUGUGUGGUCCAGUCUCUUCUGAACCGGUCUGGAUUUGAUGAGCAGGACUUGGCCCGCAGGUUUGCAAAGGAGUACAGUGCCUCCCCCGCCCGUGGUUAUGGUUCUGGAGUGAUCCAUGUGUUGAAGAAACUUUCCUCCCCCCAGCUCGUCGACGUGUACCAACCGGCAAGGGAUCAGUUCAAUGGUCGCGGCUCGUUUGGAAACGGCGGGGCAAUGAGAGCAGCCCCCUUCGCCCUGGCUUUUCCUGACUUGGCUGACGUUAAACGAUUUGCCCGUCUUGGUGCCAUGCUCACACACUCCUGCUCUCUGGGUUAUAACGGGGCUGUCCUGCAAGCAAUGGCUGUUCAUCUUUCCCUGCAGGGGGCACUAAACUUGCCUCAGCAGUUCAUUGGCAGGCUGAUCACGGAGAUGGAAGAAGUGGAGGGUGAGGAGGAGGCACUUCGUGAUGCCAGAAUUCUAAAAGAAGCAGAAAAACCGUUCUGUGAGCGUCUCCACAAAGUCAGAGACCUGAUGGACAGAAGUAAAGUCAGCAUAGAGGAAGUCAUCUCUGAACUCGGAAACGGUAUUGCAGCGUUACGUUCUGUCCCAACUGCCAUCUUCUGCGUCCUCCACUGCCUUCAGCCACGGGACUACCUUCCAGAGAACUACAGCGGCCUGGAGAGGACAAUAGCAUACAGUUUGGCCCUGGGAGGUGAUACAGACACCAUAGCCUGCAUGGCCGGGGCCAUCGCUGGGGCCCACUAUGGAAUCGAGUCCGUUCCUCAGUCGUGGAUGAGGUGCUGUGAGGGAGCCGAGGACGCUGACACGAAUGCAGAACGGCUUCACGCACUUCAUCACCAGACGUCAGAUGGGAGCAGAGGUGAGACUGAGAGAGAGAGCUGUGAGGAAAAAUCCAAGUCAAACGGAACAGAGAAGAAAAGCAGAGCGAACUGAUGUCAUAAAAGACAAUUUCACUGUUUGGAUCCAGCCAGUGUUAAGAACUGCUUAGUUGGUUAACUUGUUGUUUGUCAAGUGGCUGAACAUAAAAGCUGAGCAAGGUCAAAUAGAAACUGGAAAUGUGUAUUAUAAACUCACCCCUUUUGUGCUGAAUCAUACUUUUAUGUCACUAUAAAUUGGCCAUUUGUGGUUAUUUUUCCAUUUAGGUGGUUAUUAAACAUUUUUAAAAUCUA